UGAUCUUAGUUGUUAUUGGUGGAGAGAGGCUGUCCGACCAACACACACUACUUAAAUGACUCCUGGCCACAAGAGGAGCCACAGGUAGUGGUGGUGGAGCCUGCAGUGUGUUGGGUCCUGGUGCUGUAUAUAUAAUGGAAGGCACAAAAAAAUGCCAAAUUAUAUCAAGGUCAUGGAUCCAGCCAAUGCUGCUCUUGGUUGUCAUAGCCUUGGUGCUUGUUGGUGAAGUUGCAGGGAACGUGUUAGAAGACCCACAGCCCUGGGAGCGAUAUCUACGGGACAUAAAAUCCCAAACAAGCCCUGAAGACCAGGCUGAAGCAGUGGGAGAACUCUUAAAGCGUUUACUACCAGAAAGAGCUAAGGACUUUGUUGUGAGAGUGGAUCCCAGUAUAGGUCCUGAAGGAAGGGAUACUUUUAUGGUGAACUCCCCUGGUGUUAAUGGUAGCGUAGAUGUAGCAGGAACAAGUGGUGUGGCAGCUGCCUGGGGCAUUCUGCACUACCUUAAAUACUACUGCAAUGCUCAUGUGUCUUGGGAGGCUGACCAGCUAGACCUUCCUGAGACAUUACCCUCAGCUCAGUUCAAUGUCACGUCUAAUGACAGAUUUCGCUACUACCAGAAUGUAUGUACUGUGUCUUACUCAAUGGUAUGGUGGGGAUGGCAACGGUGGCAGAGAGAAAUUGACUGGAUGGCACUGAAUGGCAUCAACCUUCCUCUUGCCUUCACAGGGCAAGAGGCAAUAUGGCAUCGUGUUUACACCAAGAUGGGCAUCACUCAGGCAGAGUUGGAUGAGCAUUUUGCUGGCCCUGCUUUCCUGGCUUGGGGUCGCAUGGGUAACAUCCGUGGCUGGGGGGGCCCACUGACCCCAUCCUGGCAUAACCAAACUUUGGCACUCCAGAAACAGAUUGUCACCAGGAUGCGACUAUUUGGAAUGUUUCCUGUUCUUCCUGCCUUUGCUGGACAUGUUCCUGCUGGGUUGACCAGGAUUCACCCUGAUGCCAAUAUCACACGCUUGGAUGCUUGGAGCCACUUUACAGACCCUUACACAAGGACGUACUUGUUGGACCCAAACGACCCUUUGUUCCAGACUAUUGGCUCAGCUUUCAUACAAGAGAUGACUUCAGUGCUUGGGAGUGACCAUUUCUACAAUUGUGACACUUUUAAUGAAAUGACACCAACAUCCAGUGACCCAGAUUACCUCAAGAGCGUUGGAGCUGCCAUCUAUGAGGCCAUGACCAAGGUUGAUCAUAAUGCAAUUUGGGUCAUGCAAGGUUGGCUAUUCUUCAGUGCUGAAUCAUUUUGGCAAAAAGCACAAGCACAAGCUCUACUAACUUCUGUCCCUAUUGGUCGCUUGCUGGUGCUGGACUUGGCCUCGGAGAUCGCCCCCCAGUACAACCGUCUCGAGUCAUACUUUGGUCAGCCUUUCAUAUUCUGCAUGUUGCUCGACUACGGCGGAGUUAACGGUCUCUUCGGCAAUGUUGACGUCCUCUUAAAGAAUAUGGAAGAUGCCAGAAAGUUUCCAAAUGUGACUUUGGUAGGCACAGGACUGACUCCAGAGGGAAUCAACCAGAAUUAUGUUAUGUAUGAUUUUAUGAAUGAACUGGGCUGGAGGUCCACAUCUCCUAAUGUUUCUUCUUGGGCAAUUGACUAUGCUAGGAGAAGAUAUGGCUCUGAUGACCCCCGUCUUGGCCGAGCCUGGCAGCUCCUCAUGCGUAGUGUGUACAACUGCACAACAUAUAUCAGAUACCAUGGGAAAGGGGUGAUUAUCAUGCACCGACCCAGGCUUCAUCCUAAGCAACUUAGGAGUGUAUAUAACGACGCCACCCACACACUCAACCAUGGCCAGUAUGUCUUAGUGACUCGUCCACAUCUUGAUGUUAAACCUGAUAAGAUUUGGUAUUCAGUGGUUGAUGUUAUCACAGCAUGGGACCUUUUAAUUAAUGUUGCUAAGGGUGAAAAUAAUGCAGAAAUUUUUGCUGAAGAUAUUGCAGAGAGUAAACAAAGUAUUAGUAAACCAAACACUGAAACUGAAGAUAGUUAUGGGGAUCAUAAUGCUGUUUUGGAUAGAUCAUUUCCCCAAGAACAACCAAGCCUAAACAUUGGGUCUCAAGAGUUUUACCUGGAUAAAAUCAAACAGGACUUUUCAAACAAUAAGAAUGGUGAAAUUAGACAAAUGAAUCACAGAAACACACAAGAACUUCAACAUAAUCGUGUCAGGAGAUCUGGAUUUGUUUCAAAUACUGCUGAUAGAAUGGAAUAUACAGACAAAGCUUCAGCAUUAAGUCAGAUAGGCAAAAACUCCCUGAAUUCAUUUCAUCCCAGAUUCGAAACUUCCAUGGGAAAAGAAGAUGAGAUAAGUGAAGCCAAUAUGGACAGGAAGCUGAUUAGGGAUGGGAUUUCAGCAUCAACAGAGAGUAACAAGAGAACUGGAAAGUAUGGGCCACAAGAAAAUGAAAGUGAAAUGGAUGUCGAAAUGGAACUGGAAAGCAACUCAGAUCCUAGGAAAAAUGGUCUUGAAGCAAGGAACAAAUCAGUAACUAAUCAAGCCACCUUCCAACAUGACUUAGUGGAUGUCACCAGACAGAUUUUGCAACUGGUGGGAGGACAAAUGGUGCUGAGACUUGUACAGAACUACAACAACAAUGUACUGCUUGCCCUCCAGGAAUCUCACAUCCUCCUUCAGGAGCUACUGGUGGACUUGGACCUCCUCCUGGGGACAUCUCCAGACUUUCUCUUGGGGCGCUGGGUAGAUGCCUCUGCCUCCUGGGCCACUAGUGAAAAGGAACGUGACCAUUAUAUUUUCAACGCCCUGAACCAGAUCACCUUGUGGGGGCCAACGGGAGAGAUCCAUGAUUAUGCCAUCAAACAGUGGUCUGGUCUAGUCCUAAACUACAUCAAACCACGCUGGGAAUUCUUCUCACAGACUCUUCUUACCAGUUUAGAGCAAGGACUGCCCUUCGAUGAAGACCGAUUCCGCUGGGAUCUAUUUACUCUUGUGGAGGAUCCAUUUACAAAAGAUACUAAUAUUUCUUAUCCUUCCCAGCCUCAAGGUGACCCCAUUCAGACUGCUAUCAACUUCCACACCAAGUACAGGCCAAUAUUUGAUUCCCGCUUUCUACAUAUUCUUGAGAGGCGUUAUCAGAGUUCUCUUGGUCAGCUUGCUAAGAUGAAAAUGAUGAAGAAAGAGGUUAAAGGAACUGAAUAAAACCAAAGUUGAAAAAAAUGUCUACUGAAUGUAAUAUGUAUGUUAUAAUGGUGCUGGUGAAAGUGGUAAUGUUGUAGAGGGAGAAUAUAUUUUACUAGUUAUAAUUUAUGGUCCCUUUAGGUUUAGACCCAGUGUAGCCACUUGAUCAACCAAAAUAAAUUUUUUGGGCCGAAAUGUCCAUCUACGGUUA